AUGGCCCUCACCCUCCUGCUCCUGGGGCCGUUCCCGGUGCGGCUGGCCGGGGGCCCCAGUCGCUGUGCCGGGCGGGUGGAGGUGCAGCACGACGGGCACUGGGGCACCGUCUGCGACGACGACUGGGGGCUGCCGGACGCGGCGGUGGUCUGCAGGCAGCUGGGCUGCGGGACCGCCCUCGCCGCCCCUCCAGGAGCCUGGUUUGGAGAGGGCUUGGGUCCCAUCUGGCUCAACGGGGUGCGGUGCCGGGGCACCGAGGAGCGCCUGGCCCUGUGCCGGCACCGGGGUUGGCGUCCCCACGUCUGCGCCCACGAAGAGGAUGCCAGCGCCGUCUGCUCAGGGACCUCUCUCCCAGGGGGUCCCACCAUGCGGCUGGUGGGGGCUGCGGGGCGCUGCGCCGGCCGGCUGGAGAUCUUCCACGCCGGGCACUGGGGCACCGUCUGCGAUGACCUGUGGGGGCUGCCGGACGCGGCGGUGGUCUGCCGGCAGCUGGGCUGCGGGGACGCCCUCGACGCGCCCCGGGCAGCUUUUUUUGGCGAGGGCACCGGGCCCAUCUGGCUGGACGAUGUGCGGUGCCAAGGGAACGAGUCCUCCCUGCUGGAGUGCCCAGCUUCCCCCUGGGGUGUCACCAACUGCCAGCACCGGGAGGAUGCCGCCGUUGUCUGCGCAGAUGAGCUGGCCACCCUGGAUGUCCGCCCUGCGGAGCCCACUCCCCACCAGCCACGGAUGAAGCCGGCCCGGGUGCCCCCCUCAGCGCGGCCCCGUGUCCCCAGCUCUCCCCGGAGCACCGCAGCCGGCCAGCUCACGCCAAGGACAGCCCGCAAGGCAGUGCCAGCCCGGCUGCAGGGUGGCCGCUCACAUUGCGCCGGGCGCCUGGAGCUCCUCUUCGCCGGCACCUGGGGCUCCAUCUGCGCCGAGGGCUGGGAUCUGGCAGCUGCCCGGGUGCUGUGCCACCAGCUGGGCUGUGGUCGCCCGCGCCUCAUCCCAGCGCCCUGUGGCCCCAAGGCAGCCGGUGCUUCCCCGGUGGUGCUGCAGCAGGUGCAGUGCACCGGGCAGGAGCUGGCCCUGGAGCAUUGCGUCCUCCAGCCAGGGGACCCAUCGUCCUGCCCCAUGGAUCGGGUGGCUGCCGUCGAGUGUGAGGAGCCCUUCCAGCUGCGGUUGGUGGAUGGCCCCAGGCGCUGCGCCGGGCGGUUGGAGGUGAACCGCGCUGGGCAGUGGGGCACAGUCUGUGAUGACGGCUGGAGCGGGACCAAUGCGGCGGUGGUUUGCCAGGAGCUGGGCUGCGGGGCAGCGGAGGCAGUCGGUGACCUCCCCCAGGGACGGCCCCACUUCGGCCCAGGCACUGGGCGCAUCUGGCUGGACGACGUCCGCUGCCGGGGUCAGGAGGGGACCCUGCAGGAUUGCGCCCACCGUGCCUGGGGACGCCAUGACUGCACCCACCAGGAGGACGUCGGUGUGGUCUGCCAGGUCUGGGACCCUCCCCUGCCACCGUGGGACACCCAGGGUGGCCUGGCAGGGCAGUAUCAAGCCAUGGUCAUCCUUUUGUCCUUGCAGGAUGCCUGA